AUGCCGCACCGCCGUCCGCGGUGGAGAUGGCUGCUUGCAGUCUCCGUGGGUGGAGGACAGAUAUUUAGGUCAGAAUAUAAACACCUUCCGUCUCCCAUGUGCCCCACAAUGGAGUCUAGCGUGCCUAUUAUUGAUUUCGGUGCCUUCCACACGGGCUCUUUUGAAGAGCGUAGCAGGAUCGGCCAGGAGGUCGUCAAGGCCAUGUCGGAGGUCGGCUUCCUCUACAUUGUGAACCACGGCAUCUCGGCGGCCGACCAGGACCGCAUGUUUGAGUGGAGCAAGGCUUUCUUUGAGCUCUCAGAGGAGCAGAAACUCAAAUGCGAACACCCGAAAGACGGCGCACACCACCGUGGGUGGUCUCACGUGGGGAGAGAGAAAGUUGUGCAGAUGGUGUUUGACCGCACACAGAUCGAGCAGCUGCGAAAGAUUCCGGACGUGAAGGAGUCGUUUGAUCUCGGGAACGAGGAGACCAAGGAGCUCGAGAACUUCUGGCCGGACGAAACGGACAUCCCGGCUUUCAAGGAGUACUGUCUCUACUACUACAAGUUAUGCACGGAGCUGUCGAAAAAAAUCCUGCGUGCAAUCGCCCUGGGCAUGGGGCUGGACGAGCACUUCUUGACCUCGUACCACACGCGGUCUAACAACCAGCUUAGACUGCUGCACUAUCCGCCCACGCCGGUGGAGGACCUGAAGUCCGGCAAGGCCGAGCGCAUAGCAGCGCACACGGACUUUGGCACGUUCACCAUGCUGCUGCAGGACUCGUGUGGCGGGCUGCAGGUCGAGUCACCGCACAACAAGGGCCACUUCCUGCCAGCGCCGUACGUACCGGGCUCGCUGGUGAUCAACACGGGCGACUUUCUGAUGCGCUGGUCCAACGACAAGCUCAAGUCCACGCUGCACCGCGUCAUUGCGCCGCCCGUGGACCAGGACACAGGGAUGACGCAGGCGCGGUACUCGAUCCCGUACUUCGUGUCUGCGGACAAGAAUGAGGUUGUGGACGCUCUGCCCGGCACGUUUUCGGCAGAAAACCCCAAGAAGUACCCGCCAAUCACCUCGGGAAACUAUCUAGCUAUGAGAUUAAAUGCUACAUACACAUAA